UCAUCACAUCUUUGAGUGAAUUCUGUCUCUAGAUAAGCAAAAAUGAGUGGACGUGGCAAAGGAGGAAAGGGUCUCGGUAAAGGAGGCGCUAAGCGUCACCGCAAAGUUCUCCGUGAUAACAUCCAGGGAAUCACCAAGCCCGCCAUCCGCCGUCUGGCUCGCCGUGGCGGAGUGAAGCGUAUCUCUGGUCUGAUCUACGAGGAGACUCGCGGUGUGUUGAAGGUUUUCCUGGAGAACGUGAUCCGUGAUGCUGUCACCUACACCGAGCACGCAAAGAGGAAGACUGUGACCGCCAUGGACGUGGUUUAUGCUCUGAAGAGACAGGGAAGAACUCUUCCAACGUCCAUACAUGUUAACUCUUCAACAAGCAGAAACAUGGCAAGAACCAAGCAAACCGCCCGUAAAUCUACUGGAGGUAAAGCUCCCAGGAAGCAGCUGGCCACCAAGGCUGCGCGUAAGAGCGCGCCUGCCACCGGCGGCGUGAAGAAACCUCACCGUUACAGGCCCGGUACCGUGGCUCUGAGAGAGAUCCGUCGCUACCAGAAAUCCACGGAGCUGCUGAUCCGCAAGCUGCCCUUCCAGCGCCUGGUGAGAGAGAUCGCUCAGGACUUCAAGACCGACUUGCGCUUCCAGAGCUCCGCUGUCAUGGCUCUGCAGGAGUCCAGCGAGGCUUACCUGGUCGGCCUCUUCGAGGACACCAACCUGUCAAAAAUGAGUGGACGUGGCAAAGGAGGAAAGGGUCUCGGUAAAGGAGGCGCUAAGCGUCACCGCAAAGUUCUCCGUGAUAACAUCCAGGGAAUCACCAAGCCCGCCAUCCGCCGUCUGGCUCGCCGUGGCGGAGUGAAGCGUAUCUCUGGUCUGAUCUACGAGGAGACUCGCGGUGUGUUGAAGGUUUUCCUGGAGAACGUGAUCCGUGAUGCUGUCACCUACACCGAGCACGCAAAGAGGAAGACUGUGACCGCCAUGGACGUGGUUUAUGCUCUGAAGAGACAGGGAAGAACUCUGUACGGCUUCGGCGGUUAAACUCACUUCACUUUGACAUCAAACAAUACAACAACGGCUCUUUUAAGAGCCAACCACUUUGUCUCUGAGAGCUCAAUCAUCUGAAUGUCUUAAUAAUAAUAAUAAUAAUAAUAAUAAUUUUCUAUGCACUAAAUUCAUUACGUGGGACAACCAAUUUAAAAUAAACAUUAAUAGUUUGAGAAUAUUAUGGUGAACGUCUCUCCCACCAUCUUGGUUUAUUUCAUCCAUGUUUCACAAGUCUCCUCUGGCUGGUCUUUAACGGGAAUUAUCGUUGUACUGUAUAUAUCUGGUGUAGAGCUGAGGAAUUUGACUGUAGAAAAUACCCUGCAUGUGAGAUAGAGGACCAUCAAGAGAGCACAUUAUCUUAGUGGGAAUAAAUCUACCGUCUGCGAAAAGUCUGUAGCUGCCACAGUAUGUUAACGUUAGUGAUAAUGGUGUUACUGAGAGAACGCAAUAUUUUCUCAGGUGGUAAAUGUGUGAUAACCACUGCUCUAUAGUUUGUUUCAUUACUUUAAAUUCAAUUUGAGGCCUAGCUUUGUCCUGUAGCUUUUAUUCAAAGUUCUCAUAACUCAUAACUCCAUGUACGUGUUUGAAGACUGAAAUUUAAAUGUAUGUUUAAAAAUAUAUAUAUUUUUAUUGUGGUUUAUACAUCAUUCUGUAUCAAGACACACAAUCAUAUUUUAAAUGUAUGUGAAAUAGUGUCACAAAUGUUGUUAUUGCUUUAUCACAACAGAAUAUUGUGUAAUUGUUAAGCUCAUAUCAUCCACCACAACUCAACAGGUUUUUUUUCCCCACCGACAGUUGGAUGUUUUUCAGAUGACUGGUUGUCUUUGCAUUUAUUUUUAAUAGUAAUAAAAAGUGAGUGUGUUCAACA